ACCAGAAGUGACAGGAGCCAGCAGACUACGUCUUGUCGUCUGCUAGACAGCUCUGUUCGGUUCGCGUCGCGUGCUGCAUUCGCACUCGUCGUAUGCAGGGGCGGUGAUAGGUUUGUGUGCGAGGUGGGUCUUAAGCGCCGGAAGCUUCGCCAGAGUCUACGCGGACUCCCGAAAAGGGGAAGAAUAUGCUUGCAGCAGCCCUCUAAAACACGGAGCUCAGUGAAUCAUCGCUGGGGAGGAUCAAUAUGAACGAGAAUAUGCAUCCUGGGGAUGACUUGUCGACGGAGCUCAUCAACCCGUUCGUGCACCGCCUGGAGUUCGCGUCCACGUACGAAAAGAUUAAGACGGCCUUGCUGACCGUGACGGUGCUGCCGCUGCGCGUGCUGGCCAUCGCGGUGCUGCUGGUGCUGGCAUGGCUCCUGGCGUGCGUCGGCCUCAUCGGCCUCAGCGAGGAGGACCUCCGCACCAAGCCCAUGACGGGCUGGAGGAAAGACACCAAGUCCGCCCUCUGCUUCUUGAUGCGGGGCUUGUUCGCCGUGGGCGGCUUCCACCGCGUGCGCGUCAAGGGCCGCCAGGCCGCCGCCAAGGAGGCCCCCGUGCUGGCGGUGGCGCCGCACUCGUCGUACUUCGACGCCCUGCCAGUCGUCUGCCUGGGCGGCCCCAGCGUCGUCGCCAAGGGAGAGACCGGCUACCUGCCCUUCUUCGGCAAGCUCAUCAACUACACCCAGCCCGUGUACGUUUGGCGGGAAGAUCCCCUGUCGCGCCAGAAGUCCAUCAAGGAGAUUGUCCAGAGGGCGACGUCGGCGGCGGACUGGCCCCAGGUGCUCAUCUUCCCCGAGGGCACGUGCACCAACCGGUCCUGCCUGAUCACCUUCAAGCACGGCGCCUUCUACCCGGGCGUGCCCGUGCAGCCCGUCUGCAUCCGCUACCCCAACAAGCUGGACACGGUCACGUGGACGUGGGAGGGGCCGGGCGCGCUGAAGCUGCUCUGGAUGACGCUCACCCAGCCGCACAGCAGCUGUGAGAUCGAGUUCCUGCCGGUGUACCGGCCCAGCGAGGAGGAGAAGAAGAACCCCAAGUUGUACGCGCAGAACGUGCGCCGCAUCAUGGCCAGGGCGCUGGACGUGCCGGUGUCCGACUACACCUACAACGACUGCAGGCUGCUGUCCAGGGUCAAGCAGAUGCGCCUGGCGCGCACCGCCAACCUGCUGGAGGUGCACAAGCUGCGCGCCAAGCUGGGCCUCAACGAGAGCUGCGCGGAGGAGCGGCUGCUGACGGAGAGGCCGCACGGGCCGAACGCCCUGGACUGGAGUGCCGUCACCCUGGUCCAGUUCGCCGACUGCCUGUGCGUGGACGCCAAGGACCCCGCCACGCUGCACCUGUUCCAGCUGUACGAGAAGGACGGAGCUGGCGUGGUCGACCUGAGGGAGUACCUGCUGGGCGUGCUGGCCGUCUCCAAGGCCACCACGUCGCUGGAGAUGGUCCAACUAGCCUUCCAGAUCUACGACCGCACCGGCGUGGGCCGGCUCGGGGUGCAGGAGGUGGCAGAGGCGCUUCACAACGCGGUGGCCCUUUCCUGGGAAGACGCUUACGACACCUUCCGGCACGUGGACGUCGACGGCAAGGGGCAGAUCACAUUCGCCGAGUUCGAGAGCUACGCCCGAGGCCGCUCCGAGUUCUCGUACCUGUUCCCCCACGACCGGCAUCAAACGCAGUGCUCCUCGGUCAAGAGCAAGGACAGCAAGGACAGCAAGGAGCAGUGAGGGUGGCGAAGAGGGAGUGCCCGUGCCGUCGCAGAGGUCACAUUGGAUCAACAUAUUGUCUGUCACCGGUUCUUGACACCAGAUCGAGGUUUUAAGGCCACAUCUAGUAGUCUUUCUGCCCUUUCGGGUGCCCUUUCGGGUGCCCUUUCAGGGUGUUAUUGGAGAUUAAACACCAAGCCAAACCCUCGCCAAACCAUAGGGCGAGGCGAAGACGCACUGCUUGAACCUUGCAAAGUAUGAGCGUUACUUUGCCAAGGAAUCCUUCGCAAGUUUUAAGCAGUGCCGAAGGCCUGUCAUUGUGUCUGUGGAACAGUAUUAAAUGUGAGAGGCGAAGAACGCGUGUCCAUUGUCUCGAGACGAUGUAGAAUGAAUACAAUGAUACAUUUUUGUGAUACAUAUUUUUUACAAGUAGCUUUCGAGCUUAUGCGUGUUUGUGUAUGUAGGUGUGUCUUUGUGUGAAUGCGUGAGCGAGCGAGUUAAUUAGUAUCAAUCUCGAACUCAAUAUAGCUGUUAAUGGACUUUGCCGCCCUUGAAUCAUCAUCCUCAACAAAGAUGCUGGCAUGUAUCAACCGUGGCUCAGUACAACUGAAAUUCCGGCUUUUUUUGGAUCGUUAUUUGAAUGAGAGCCAAUAUUAUGUUGGGUUGUGAAAAAUUAUUGCAACAAAGUGUUAAUGUAACACGUUUUAUACGAAUAUUAUGUGCCUAAUGCGCAUAAAAUGUGUUAGCUCUCAUGUGCAUUCUAAUGCACAAAGAGCAUCUGGUGGUGCUAGGGUGUGCAGUCACGGUGCAUGGGAAAUAGAAACAGCUAGACAACCGCUCACGCUCACAUUCCUUCAUAAGAUAUGUAGUUAAAUUCUCAUGUAUCCCGUUUUUUAAAGAUUGAGCAGAAUGGUUUUUGUAAACAUUUAGCAUUGGAGUGAAGUGUUACCAAAAUGCUAAAUGUGGCAUUUAUUAGAUUAAUAUUUUUUCUCAACUUUACUACUCUUGUCCGAAUAUCUAAACUGGUGAUUGCAUAGCAUGAUUGAGUGCCUUACUACAAACACCAUAUACAGCCCAAAUUCUUACAAAUGUAUGUUGUUUUUGUUAAAACAAGUUGUGUGUGAUGCAUGGUAAGGAAAAUGGGCAAAUGAUCAAAUUUUACAUUAGUUUUAUCAAUUAUAUUUUUGAGGCAAU